GCGUACUACCUCACCUCUUUCCUGCAACACUGGAAGAGUUCGCUACUCUUCCUUCGAAAUUUCUACACGUGUACUCUCAUUUACUCUACGAGGUUGCGUUCCAUAAUGAUCCGGUGGGAGAACGUGACAUCAGAAAGCUUAUUCGGCAUAACUCAGCUUUCGGACGGACCAGUACGAUCUACAAGCGGGCUCUUUCAUCUUGACGAACCACAAACGCGGAGUCUACCUACCUAAUGAUGCACAAGCAGAUGCACCAUACACUCAUGGGCAAGUCACCGACGUUUUGAAAGAGCGCAGAUCUUUUCUCCCUGCCUUUCUUUUGUUAUUAAUAGUUCCUGCAACUAUGCGGGAUGCAAGCAACAGCAUGUCCCACUCUCCUCUCUGGACCCCGCACAAUACAACGCACGGGUUGCGUAAAAGAAGAGAUCGCCAACUGUAUAGACCACUUAUAUGAGGCGUUCUUCCCACCUUCCCAUGCGCAAGGUUCUCUUGCGGACCUUGACUUGUCAAGUGUCGAGAAUUCUUAUGACGGCAUGCGGGUAAUGAGAAACUGGGUUCGCGGCGCCAUUUAUUCCCUGCAUCCUCGAAAAUCUACAGACUUCCUCACGGACAUACUACGGCUGAUAAAACUCAGCUCAGUGUUUGGUGAAAGUGAUGCUCUACGGAGUGCUAAUUGUGUGCGGCUCUACCGCCCCGUGGAAUUGUUCCGCCAUCCAGGUCAUUACAUCGUGGAAGACAUGAUCUACUCCAUUCAAUCUUUUAAAGAGACGAGCAUUUCUGCGGGUAUUUUUGGCCUUCAGCACAUUAUACGUAAUAACCACCGAGUGAACUUGUCAGUUCUAUGCGACUGCAUAGAGGAAACACUUAGUGCCUUUGUGAUAACGCUCCGGCUUAAAAAUAACCCCGGUGCGGAGUCGCUGCAUGAUGUCGUUCUACCUCGUAGCUGGUUAAUUGGGAACAACAAACUCGAUGCACAUAAAGACGUCAGGUUCAUCAAUCACCUACUAGACGAUAUACAAUAUCUCCUUGAAAAACUACGAUCUGACGGUGCCACAGAAAACUUUUCGCUGAUGUACAGAAUUGUUACGCCCAUUCACCGCAAUAUAUUUAUUGCGCGGAUCUGUAGGACGUUGUGUCUUGCCUCUUAUAACUGCCCCCCUGAUCUCGCAGCCAGGAUUUCAAGCAUCAUUACCAACAUGAAAUCCAAUGACCCCGCUCGGACCACACCAUACAUCUACCGGAAAUAUACACAAGCAGCGCGUGAGGAUUUCCUGCGCGUGAUAGUUGGCUAUGAUGAAAAUCAUGCUAUACCAAAUCUUGUUCAUCUUCGUUGCAAGGGAACGAGGCUUCGGACCAGCCGCUUCCCCACGGGAUGGCGUAUCGAGGAACUUCAUUACAGUCGACUCGACGAGAUACCACCGCUUCUCCGGGUUUCCCUACGCUCCUUGCUCCGUGUAAAAGCAUCAGUUUCCGUGCCUCAGCCCGGAACCGCCCCCCAGACGAAGCCAGUUGAAGAUCAAGUUGAUCUAUCCCUCGGCAUUGAACAUGCUAAGGGCCACGGGCCGGUUGAAGAUGUGCAAGACACUCUCCCCUACGGUGAUCAACCCGUCCAGACUGUUGUUGCUACUGACCCACGAUCUUGUUGAAGACAUGAAAGAUCCUCUCGACGACGAUCAGGUCGUACCGGCGAUUGUCGCUACGGACAAAGAAGAGUCUGCAGCUCGCUUAAUACAACAUGUAUACCGCCAACACUGCCAAAAACGGAAACGGCGGC